GCUGCAGAAAAGGGGAAGCGGGUUGCGGCUGCUACUUGGUAGUGAGUGAAGUUGAGGAGGAGUUGAGUUUGCAAGUGAAGUUUGGCUCAUCCCCUUCUUCUCCGCCCCCUCUCCUCGCCGGGUGGUCGUGACUGUAGUGACCGGGGUUGCAAACAGCAAGCGACUCUAACUUUACCUCUGAGUCUGAGCUUCAGUGUGUGUGUGUGUGUGUGUGUGUGUGCUGGGAAGGGGAGAGUGCGCUGCACUGCGCAUGAGUGUCACCCACGGUGACUGCUAAUUGUCCGUUUUUUUUUCUUUUUUUUAUUUUUUUAAAGAGGCCCGAGCUCUUGAAGAUGAACAAGUUGAAGUCCUCACAGAAGGAUAAAGUGCGUCAGUUUAUGGUCUUCACACAGUCCAGUGAGAAAACUGCAGUAUGUUGUUUAUCGCAGAAUGACUGGAAAUUAGAUGUUGCUACAGACAAUUUUUUUCAAAAUCCAGAACUUUAUGUGCGUGAAAGUCUGAAAGGUUCAUUGGAUAGAAAGAGAUUAGAGCAGUUAUACCAUAGAUAUAGAGAUCCGCAAGAUGAGAACAAAAUAGGAAUAGACGGUAUUCAACAGUUCUGCGAUGAUUUAGGAUUGGAUCCAGCUAGUAUCAGCGUACUGGUUGUGGCAUGGAAAUUUCGAGCAGCCACACAAUGUGAAUUCUCAAAACAAGAAUUCAUAGACGGUAUGACAGAAUUAGGGUGUGACAGCAUAGAAAAACUGAAAAUCCUACUGCCAAAGUUGGAACUAGAAUUAAAAGAUCAAGCAAAGUUUAAAGACUUUUACCAAUUCACAUUCAACUUUGCAAAGAAUCCAGGCCAGAAGGGUUUAGAUUUAGAAAUGGCAAUUGCAUACUGGAAUUUAGUACUUGCUGGGCGAUUCAAAUUCUUAGAUAUAUGGAAUAAGUUUUUAUUGGAACAUCAUAAAAGAUCAAUACCUAAAGACACCUGGAACCUUUUAUUAGACUUCAGCUGCAUGAUUGCUGAUGACAUGUCCAAUUAUGAUGAAGAAGGAGCAUGGCCCGUGCUUAUUGACGACUUUGUGGAAUUUGCACGACCGCAAAUCACUGGGACAAAAAGUACAACAGUGUAGCAUUUGGGAAGCUUUGUCGCAAAAUGUACAUGGUGUGUACAGAAUGAAAAAUACAGCAAAUAAUGCACAGUCAUUUCACAAUUAGUUAAUAAAAUUCAGAUCAAUGGAUUGAAGUGAAGAUCAAUCCUUUUUAUUCUAUCCAGAGGGUUGUUAACACCAAAAAGGACUUUUCUUCAAUCAUAUCGUAUUCAUUUAAUGGUGGUUUGGGCUUCUGUCUUAGUCAGGACCUCUUUAUGUAAUUUCAUCAACACUGAGUGAGAGUUCCAUCUGUAUAUUAUUUGGAAUCCCGUUUGGAGGACUUUUCUGAAAGGAUAAUUUUAUAGUGCUUUUUGACAUCAAGCACAUGCUGUCUUCAGUUAGGAGCUGAACAGCAUUCUUGGACUCCGGAAAUCUGUAUUUGAAAUGGAAACCUCGAUUUGAUCAAAAUACUUUUUAAAUUAUGUAAACAGGCAGUUGACCAUCACAGAAUCUUUCUUUAGCUAAUAUUUCAGCUGUUUCUUGUUCUAUGGCAGAUUACUUGACAGAAAGUCUUACUAUUCUGUGAAGACUGGAUCAUACCAUGCCUAUGCACGAAAUUCAGUCCUGCUCCAUAAUGAAAGUGGUGGUAUUGAAUGGUGAAAUCUACUAUUGAGAUCUGUGGUAUUUACUGUUUGUUUUUCUUUUUGACAAGAAUAAAGUUUCCCCACCCAAUCACCAUCUGAUAUUAGCAUAUUGCUAAACAUAUUUAGGUCUGGUAUAAUACAAGAGGCACCUUGUCACCAUUCUGAUCCUGGAUUUUGCAUCUUAGCCUUGGAUAUUUGCAAUGUGCAGCACUCUGGAAGGUAUUUCAGGUUUCCUUUCUAACUGCAGUGUGCUGUAACUAAGAGUACUGAAUUGGGUUUUAUGCUGUUGACUCAGAGUAACUGAAAUUCCUUCACUUGUUCAACUUGGGCAGGUCAUGGCCAUGCUUAACAUAAAACAGACCUUUUUGGUAAUAUAUCCAAGAAAAUUCAUGGUAAGUGGACAAAGGAAUACUUCUGUCUUUUCAUUGGAGUUUAUAGACAUUCAUUUUGUUGAGAUUAAAAUGGUCUGUCCUCUAAAGAAAGUACUGUUUUACACUUGUUUUUACCCUCCACCCUGGCUGAUAAUUCAUUUGUAUGCAAAACUGAAUGUUUAAAUUGACUUGGCAACCAUCGACAAUACAGAUGGGAAAAGAUUUGAACAUUAUUUGAGAGAUGAAUUUUGACACUUGUAUGCUUAGCAGUUUUACUUGUAAUUUCCCUAAUAACUUUCUCAUAGACUGCCAUGUCUAUUGAUCAUUCCCUGUAUACAUAUGAAUAAGUUUGUAGAGGAUAAUGAAGCUUCAGAAACUAAUUUCUCAGGUCAGUGUCCCAUUCAGUUUUAAGGUGAGCCUUUUAUAAAACAAAAAUACAGACACGAGUUUAAAAUAUCAGAAAAUCAUUUAAGGACCUUUCAAAAUUUUAAUCUUACUGUAAAUGACUCCCCUGUUGGUCUAAUGCAUUUUUCAGGUACAGGUGUAAGAGACUUUAGUCAUUAGGUUUUUUAUAUAUACACACAUACAUGUCCUUGAUCUAGAUUUCAUACUCUGGUCUUCAGUGAAAACAGCCUGUAUGUUAUGCCCUGUGCUAAUUUCAAAUGCAUUUUAAAAUUGUUUAAUAAACUUUAAUUUAUAGGUGUUUUUGUUAUACUGCUAUCUAAUGCAGUUGAUUUCAAUCAGUUUUCACUCACCUGUGCUUUGAAUGCUUAAAGUGUUACAUGGUUCCUUUCAUUUAUUUGUGAUAUACAGCCCAUGCAGAGGCAUUUCAAUUAAGCUCUACAGUUUGUUACUUGCCCCAGUGAUAUUUUGACAUCGACCAUUUUAAUAAUUCAAGUAAAGCUUGUUAAUCAAUAUUGAUGCAGCAAAUACACCUGAAGAGUAAAACAAGCCUGUUCAUCUUGCUGAGAACACUGGAAUUCAAAUUGCAGAUCUUAUUUGAGCAGUCUGCUGUUUUUUGUCAAAAGUUAAUGGUCUGAUAAUUUGAGCUUUGCCAGUUUUGAAACUGAAAGUUUCUUGCAUACUUUGAUUCAAUAACUUUGAAAUGUAUAAAUUACCCAAUUACAUUUGUCCAAUUCUAUGAUGUCAUAAAAAUUAAAAGACAUUUAUUGAGUAAUACAGCACGGAAACAGACCCUUCAGUCCAACUCGUCCAUGCUAACUGUUCAAAUGAUCAGAGAAAGCUGACCAUUGUAGAAAAUCUACUUUCUGGUUUUAAUUUGGAAUUUAUACUUGGUUUGUUUUGAAGAUGCAUGGUACAUUUUGAAGUGCAGUUCUACUGUUAUAUUUUGGUAACACUAAGUUGCAGACUGAGUCAACCCUAAUUAAAUAAGUAAAGAAAAAUGGAAAAUACAGCUCUGUGCAAAUUUUAUCUAAUUUGCAUUUUAUACUGUGCAAACAUGUACUUGAGAACUGUUUGAACUAUGGAGUCAUUUAGAACUCCACUGUCAAUUGCACAUGAGAUUAGAAAAUUCCUAAGAAGGCUUAGCUGUUAAAAUGAGGUUACAUGAACAUCAUAAAUUUAAAAGCUAAGGUUAAGCAAUGAUGUUUGGAUAUGGCUUGAAUUUAGGUACUUCUGAUGCCAAUAUAGUCUCUUAAGUCAAGAUAUUAAAGAUAAAUCUAUUUAAAAUGCUAGAUUUUGAUUUGUUGCUCACCAAUGCAAUCUCAUUGCCUGCUUCUGUAGAAAUUCAGUUGACUAAUGCAGUAAAUGAUUAUAUAAAACAUGCAAGAAUUCAAUGCACAAAUCUUUUUAUGGACUGAACAGAGCUGGAAAUGGACCCUACCAGGUCUGUUAACGUCUGUACGUUAUUUCUGUUGCGUCCUUUUAUAUUAGUCUUGAAGCUUCUUCCCUUUGUUUUCAUAAAAUCACAAUUGCUGUGAAAGAUUUCUCCUUUAUUAAGCAAGUUUCCAAUGAGAAUGCAUUUCAGUUGGACAUGCAAACCUUUAAUGGAUCGUGAGCAUUUCUGUGUCUAAGCGCACAGCUGGAAUUUCAUCAUGAAAUCUUCAACCCUCUUGAGUAACCAAAUGUGUGUGAAGGAGGAAUGAGUUUUUAAAUCUUGUGUUAACUUAAAAACACAUCAACAUGUACAGAGAGGAGCAAGCAAGAUGGCGAAUUAUUGGUGAGUAACUAAUCGGGCAGUUUUGAGCAGGAUUUAAGUUCCACUUUCAAGGUGACAUUUGUUUUCCAUAGGAGUAGCCUGAACAUUACCUUGCUAUCUUUGGAUUAUUCUCCAGCUUUCAAAUCUGAUGGAAAUUUUUGUUGACUGAAUGUUCUCACUUGUCUCUCUGGGAGAAUUAUCUGUGUUAUCGAGCGGUAGGAAUGUAUUUAAAAUGAGAAAGGUACUUCUCCAUAUGUUUGUGCAUGCCAGGCCUGUUUGAUGUAGAAAAUGCACUUACUCUUUUUUGGUGUGUUUUAAGAAAAACAUCAAAAUAUUUGGAUUUGAUCCUUUGAAAUAUUUAUAGACUUUUUUUAAAAAAAGCCGCAUUACUGUUCUUUUUAAAUUGAUGAUCGUGAGAAGUCUGAUAUCCAAUUAGAAGCAUUUGUAUUUUUACUUGGUUUACUCAUCAUUUUGUUUUUCCAUGCCACAGCAGUUUCUAACUGGGGGUAGACAGAGACCUACUUGUAAAGCUUUUGUCAAUUUUUAAAACUUGCCAUUACUUUGUUAACUCAGCAUAGCAGUUUUCUUUUCAUGAAGAAACCGCUUGUGUUUGGAACCCAAACACAACAUCCUUAUACUUAGUGACAAAAUGCAAGCCCCAAAGUGCUCAUCAAUUAGAAAUGUUUUCAUGAACAAUGCUGGUGUAACUAACUACCGCACUGAGCUAUUCAUAGUGAUUUCAGAUUGCAUCAAAGCUGUUCACUGAUGGAGUUUGUACUACACAGAACACAAACUCUGAAUGUCCCUUCCAGAAGCUUGAACCUUAUGUUUUCUACUGCAGUGUAAUGCAUUUUGUCCGCAUAUUUUUUGUACAUUUAAACAAAAGCGUGAUUGCAGUUAUGGCAUGAUGCACAUUUUAAUAUCAAAGCUGACUUUAAGUAAUAUAAUUACCAUAGUUAUUUGAGGUGCUUAGUCACUUGAAGGGAUGAGUGGUUUCUUUAAAAUUGCUAUGGAAUUAUAAACAACACUUUAAGGAAUGUUAAUCGUUUAAAAAAAAGGGGAAAGUGGGCAUUUAGAAUGAUAAACUUGCAAUUCCUUAUUAAAAUUUCCUUAAUGAAUGCUCAAACUUUCUUUAAACAGCUAUAUGAACAUGUAAAGCAGAGAUCUUGUUUUAAAGGACAAUUAAUUACAUAUCUGUUGACCUGAUACAGAAUCAGCUGCAGUUUUUACAUAGUAUGCCAAAACCGGUCUUUCUUCACUUGGCAUAGAAUAAACCAACAUGUUUCAGUGUAUUUUUGUCCUGUUUGGCCGCCACAUCCUUGAAUAUGACUUGAAAAGGGUACAUCUGUUCCUUUUGUGGUAUUUUAAGGAUAAUGGGGAAUUAAGCAUUUGUUCAAACUGAACAAUUGUUAACUGUGAAGUCUUCAUCCUCUGGUAUGGGACAGGGAAACAGUAUUGUAAUCCAGGCCUAAUAUAGUGCUUUGUACGUAUUGCAAUUCUGUACACUUGUAGGUAGUACAUUUUAGAGUAUUGAGAGCUUAUUUAGGAAGAGCUUGUUUAAAUGGAUGUCUUGUAAAUUAUGUAAAAUUUUUAUCUCAUUAUGGGCAAAUGUAUUGUAAAUUGACACAAUGAAAAUCUACAGGGUCCACUGAGAAAUGCCAAUAAAAGGGUUGUAAAAAUAUCAAUUUAUAAGAAUCUCAGUGCCUGUUUGCUAAGCAUUGAAUAAAUCAAGAAACAUUCUGAAACCGAGGUGUAAUAAAUCCUGUGGAUCAAAAGUCAGACACUUGUGUUAAAUGUCCAAAAUAAAUAUGUGGGUAACUGCCUUUUUUUCAAGAGCACAA